GUCAGUUCGCGGGCUCGCGCCGGUCCGCACUGGCCGCUUACAACGCGCGAAUUAAAAAAAAUAUAUUGUCUAUGGAAUAGUGCGGUGAAAUUCGAAAAAUCGGUAGUGACGGACGAGAGUGACGGCUGUGGCGCCAAGUUCUCAGCUCUGAUCGUCUCCGACAAGUUCCAGGGGAAGCCUUUGCUGGCGCGCCACAGACUCGUCAACUCAGUUCUCCAGGACGAGCUGAAGGAGAUACACGCAUUCACGCAGAAAACUCUCACGCCCGACCAGUGGAAGGCUCAACAAUAAUGUACUAGAAUAAAAUGAGAAUUUAAAAAAGUAGUCUUUUUUUUAAUUGAAAAUGUUGAGCGGAGAGAAUUUGUAUACCGUGAGCGUAUCGGCGCCGGGGAAGGUGAUAUUGCAUGGGGAACAUGCGGUGGUUUAUGGGAAAACGGCUAUCGCUGUCAGCCUGGGGCUGAGGAGUUCCAUCGUUAUAAAGGAAGUCAAAACCGUCGGAGAACCAGCGGUCUACAUCCACCUACCCUGCGUCGGUCUCCAGGAGACCAUACCCCUCAACCCAACUGUGAAGGCACUCUUCAACCCGCAGCUCUGCCACGGCGUCACCGGCAAGUUCUCGUGGAAGAUACCAGGGCAUCUGGACCAUGACAACCAUCUCAGGAAGGUCAAUGAGUUCCUGCAUCAGAUCAAGCCGAAUUUCGAUGAGCUGCCGAACAACCAGAAGAAUUCUUUGAGGAGCUUCCUUUAUAUGUAUUCGGGGAUUUUUGGGAGUACGAAUCUGCAGGUGAAAUCCAUGGACAUAUCCAUGGGUUCAGAGCUGACCAUUGGCGCUGGGACCGGUAGCUCCGCCUCAUUCGCAGUCUGCCUCGCGGGCGCACUCUUACGGCUGAUGGCGCUGCGGGCGCGAGGCAGCUUUGAGCCUCCCGGUGAUUUCGAGCCGCGCGAGGCGGAGGCGAUUUCAGCUUGGGCUUAUAAUUGCGAGCGGAUCAUGCAUGGGACGCCUUCGGGCAUAGACAACGAGACCUGCACAUUCGGCUCGAUCGUCUCCUUCAAGAAGGGUACGAAGCCGCGCCACCUCGACAUCCGGCUGAACCUGCGGGUACUCCUCGUAGAUUCCCGCGUGAACCGCGAAACGCACGCCCUGCUUGUGAAAGUCGCGGGCAUUCGGCAGAGGAACACAGCGGCCGUGGACCAUGUGAUGAACGCGCUGGACGAUAUCGCUCACACUGCCACGCAGGUUUUGGAAAAACUCGCUGGUGGCAAGUGUCCAGCUGACACGGACGCAGACUAUCAACACUUAGGAGAACUGUGGGAUAUGAACCACUGUCUUUUGGCGGCGUUGGGCGUGUCGCACCCAGCCCUAGAAGCCAUCAGAAGCCUGGCGCGGGCCCGGAACCUUGCCUGCAAGCUCACGGGUGCUGGCGGUGGAGGGUAUGCGAUGAUCCUUAUCCCGCCCUCAACUCCACGCACCACUGUGGACUCCCUCACGGGGCAGCUCCUCGAGAACGGCUUCCGCGUCACGGAGACCUGCCUCGGCGGCCCCGGCGUCCAGCUCGAGAUGUGACACAGAGAACAAGGCUAAAGCCCUGGUACAAUACUACUCCUACACAUAUUUCAGCAGCGUCCGAAAACAAGCACAGGAAAUGUUGACCAAGAGCUGUUUUCCUUGGACUAAAAUCGUAUCCACCGUAACCGUAUCGUAUAUAAAAUCGUGAUACGCUGGUACAACACUGCAGUUAGACCGAUUCCAGCAGGGAAUAGCCUUAACUAAAAGACAUGGGGAAACUGUCAAUGCUACCAGGGGUACCAUACCCUGGACUGCUGUCAAUUGCUUCAAGACUGCUCUUAAACCGAUUUCAGCAGCGUCCGACUAAAAGACAAGGGAAACUGUUUAUGCCCUGUCGUUUCCUGGAUUAAUGUUGUCUGGUACAAUAUUGCUAUUAAAUUAAUUGCAGCAGCGUCCAACUACAAGACCAAUAAAAGAGUUCGAUGGCAUGUCAAUCUUUGGAAUAAUACAGCUCCUAACGUCAUUACAACGGCGUCCGUCUCGAGAAGUAACAAAGUAUAUGUAAACGGAAACCCGAGCCUCCGCAUCGGUUAUUUUACUCAUGCUAGUGCAAUCUAACAUAUUACGAAUAUGUUUGGAUAUGGCAUGUCAUAUAUAUUAGUUGGUAUUCGAUACCAAAAGAAUGAAAAUUUUACAAAUUAUUAAAGAAAUGCAAAAAGUUGCAGUUCAUUGUUUUAUCAAGGACUGGACGGUUGUACCAUAAAAGACAAUUUAGAGAAAUAUGGACUAUAGCUUAAUAAAGUGUGUGUUUUAUAUUGUGUGAUGGUGAUGGACAGAUGAAUAUGUUUUAAUAAGUAGUGGUCUACUUAAUAUACUUGUAUGGUCGAUUUGUUUGUGAAUCACAUACGUGGCUUUAAAAACACCAUUAAAUGUAUGAUGCUUAUGUAUGGCGUUAAACGCAAGACUAAUUGUAUGAGAAAACUGGCCUUGACAAUUGUCAUCUACCAUUGACAAUUCGUUGUCAUUUGACGGCCAUAUUAGUGGCCAACCCUUUGUAUCAGGCCCCGCUUCACAACGGUGACAAUAAAAUUGCCGCCUGAUACCAUAGAGAAAUAUAAUAAGACAAGAGUUCACUCUAGAAGAAGAGCUCACUCCAUACAUCAGUUUUGGUACCAAAAAGACUAUUAUUUUCAUAGUCGACAUCGACAUCUAGCAUCGAGUAGCGGAAUUAUCAGUACUUUAAGUAGCAGUAGUAACACCGACCGGAAAGUCUAAUGUUGUUGAGCAUCUAUUCACUUGACAGUACUACUACUGCUACUCUGCUACUUAAAGUACUGUUAAUUCCGCUACUCGAUGCUAGAUGUCGACUAUGAAAAUAAUAGUCUUUUGGUACCAAAACUGAUGGAGUGAGCAAUCUUUGUAUUUUCUUCUCUAUGCGGAUACUGACAAUUCACAGUACAUCGCUGUUCAUAUGUCAUUUCUUUACAGGAAUGUCACCCAGAAUUGUACAGGAAAUUGUCAGUCUCAGGUGACAAUUGUUAAGUUGGUGAAAUAGCCGCCUGAAGUGUAUGAAAAUUGUCAUUGUCAGAUGACAAGUUGGAAAAGGCAAGACAAGAAAUACUGAAUAAAUGCACAACACGUAAAGGAUAAAAAGAUAGAGUCCAGAAUGUGUUGUGGUCUAUAAUCAUAAUGAUAAAAGACAAUAUUACGAUAUUAUAAUUAUAGUUAAUUUCUAUUAUACGCCAUCUCUGUUUAAAUUAAAUCAAACCUAUAUUAUUAAAUAUAGUUGGUUUAAUUUUCGUUAAUCAGACUAUCAUCACUGUAUUACAGUGCAAGAGAUUCUCCAUACAAAAUACCUCGAUUCCAUACAGUAUUUUGAAUGAAUAGAUCUGGCAAUAAUUGAAAAUUAUUGUACAUAUAUUGAACUCUGUUAUAAUGUGAUUAUACAAAGAUGCUUAUAAUAUUGGAGUAUAUCACGUGUGAGGUUGGUAUUACAACUGUCCAAUAACUUGGUUUAAUGUGUGUUGCGUCUCGCUCUCUCACUAAACAAAAUGUGAGAUGCAAAUACACCUUGGAAAAAGAAAUUGGAUUGGACCCUUAGUUAUGGACUUAUUCAGUAUGCCUGUUUUGCUCAAAAAAUUAUAAGCGUCUUUUUGAAAACAUUCCUAAGAAUGAAUCGAAUAUAAUAUCACUUAAAUCAAUUCAUUUUUGUCAUAGUACGCAAUUAUUCGUACACACAAGAGCAAUUAAAGCAGGAUACAUUGCAUGGAAAUCUUCAUACAUAGUGACCCGUUAUGCUCUUAUACGCAAGUGUAUAUUUAAAUACUAAUGUUGGGAGUAUUCUAUUUGUUCCAUGGAACUAAAGAGUUCAUAAACAAAAAAAAAAUGGAACUAUAAAAUUAGAAAUUUUGAAUAAUGAGUAAAAAUCAAAUAAAUCCUCGAUUAAAUAUGUGAAUCAUGAAAUUCAUGAACCAAUGCUUUAGCAUUAUUUAUUGUUUAUUUUAAUUAUUACGUUUAUAAUUAGUUAUUUAUUAUAAUUAUGUAUGUUUUUACGUCAGCUCUGAUUGUAAGGGAUGCCAAAUUUUACACUUGAUGUUUUAAAAUUACUCAAAUUUUCCCUAUUACGCGAAACUCUUGUAGGGGGCGCUACUACCGCAAUCCACCAUUAUCUGGGGGGGGGGGGUCUACCGCGAACAAGGAGGCCGGGCUUUGCUCGAAAGACAUAUAAAAAAACUAAAACGCGCGAAAAUCCCCAUAUAGCAAAUUUCAUCGAAAUCGUUACGACCGUUUCCGAGAUGCCCGAAAUAUAUAUAUAAAUAAACAAGAAUUGCUCGUUUAGGCUCACUUGCACCAUUCCACUAACCCGGGGUUAAGCGGUUAAACUAUUAACCUAGUGUCAAAUUGUAUUGCUAACCAUGGCAACUCCUGGUUUAACCGGUUAACCCCGGGUUAGUGGAAUGGUGCAAAUGGGUCUUAAAGGUAUUACAGGCCUAUUCGGAUUUCGAGAUAAUCACAAGAUCUAGAGACGAUAUAGAGAUCAACUAGAUGUAGAUAUUGACUAGAUGUGACUUGGAUAUCUAUGUCAUAACUUGUCGAAAUCGUUCAAGAGAACCUCUAGAAUCGCGGAAACGUCAAAUUUGACAUAUCUAUCUUACAAAUAUCUUUUAAUUUUCUAUAUCGUAACUUGUUGAAGUCUAGUAGAAAUCUAAUUCAUUUUCCGAAUCGAGCCGUUAGAUAAAAUUUGGCAUCACUUAGUAUUAAUGAUUUUUAGUUAAUUUAUUACCCACCUAAGUUUCAACUACGGGUUGAACAGAGCGAUACUGCUAGGCAGCUACUACUUAUACAGUUAUUGUAAUAACCAUUCGUUCAUAAAUAUCUAUGCAUACUUCACGCCAUUUUAGACUAAACAAUUGUUUUUCUCGGUUAAUCCAUGCGCCAUGUGCUUAGCUGAAGAUAUGUAUUAAAAUUAGUUACCUAUAUUGGCAAAUUAUAAAUUACAUUUUAUACUUUGAUAUAAAAUAUUGUAAAUAAAAUUAAUUUUCGGUUAAUAUUUACAAAUCGAUGAAUUACUUUAUUCUGAAAAUAAAUUAAUAAUAUUAUAAUUUAUUUUUGGAAAAUAUUAAAAUGUUUUUCAUAAUUUUAAAAGAAAGAGAUGGCAUUGAAUUUUUAGCUUUGCAUGUAAGUUCUUUUAAAAUUGUUCACCGUGUCCAAAUGGCAUACGUUAUUUAUAUUAUCUUAUACAGCUACUUAUGAAAAUAAAUCUCUUUCCACGGGCCAGGUGAAUUAAACCUUAUGUGAAUGUCAGAAGGCCUGUUUUCACUGUAUAACUGUUAUGAAUGUUAUAUUCGCGUUUUGGUAUAAUACUAUCGCUGGGACUUAUCGCGAACAUCUAAGAUGUCUUCGUCUCUUUCGCUCGAAUAUUGCAUAUCGAAUAUCGCAAAAGCGAGACAGUUGCAUAAAUAUCGAAGUUCGUGGUAUGAGCCCUGUUUAAAUUAUAAGAAUCAUGUGCAAAUAUGUUUAAAUCAUGUCACGCAAAGUCUUCCAAAAAACCUUUGUACAGUUAGCAGCAAAAUGAUAACCUUAGCCUUCUAAGGCCCAAGGUCCUAUCUAUUAUAGUAAUAAGCAUGUUGACAAGUUUUUGGAACUGUAUUCAUUUUAUAGAUAUACACGUAAUUAUUACAAAAAAAAUUUUGAAAAUUUUUAUUCAUUAAUUUUAAAUACUAAAUAGAGCUCAAUUAGUUUAGUGUUUAAAGUUUGAGCCUAAACGCUCCAAGCUGUCACGUGACGUCACGAAUAGAUAAAUAAACAAACUGCUGCCAAAAUGUCAGUCCUAGCGUAGAACAAAAGCUGUAGUAUUUAAUUUAUCUCUCUUUCAAAGAUCAGUAUAACGUAAAUAUAUAAGCUAAAAUAAUGAAUAACAAGUUUUACAUGUCUUAUGCAGUGCCUAUGUGUAAAAGAACAACAAUCAAGACCCUAGAGUAUAAAACAAAUAUUUGUUACAUGAUACUUACGUUGCAGUUACGAAUUUUGACUUGAAUGAUAUUGUUACUUGCGAACCAUAUGUCUACAUAUUACGUUCAGCGAUGAUAAAACCAUUUCAAAAAUGAAUCACAAUAACUGAUUUCGCACAAAAACACUUACAGUUACAAUUUAAGAUGAAUUGUUAUGAUACAACUAAAAUUGUGAGUGCAAAUAUAGUAGCCGCAGAUAUAACUUUUAAAAUUUUUUUUUUUUGUUUCCGACAGCCAACAAGGCGAUGAUAGUUCCAUUCAGCCAAAUUAUUAAAAAGAUUUUGGUGAAAUAUAAUAUUAUAUACCAUUUUAUUUAUUUAAUAACAAAUGAAUAUAUAUUUUUAUAUCAUGUAGUAAUAUUUUUUGUACGUAAUAAAUGCCUAUUGUCGAAAUAAAAAAUACAUACAGGUUUUGAACAUCCAAACUCUUUGGCGGUGUCGUAUGGAUUACGGUCAGAUUUGACGACUAGUCUGUGGUGAUUCUCAUGUCAUGACGUCACGCGCUCCGAUUGGCGUUUGCAUUCACGUGAUACUGGGCAUUAUUUUAAAUACUUUUGAUUAUUUUUAAUUAAUUUAUUACGCAUAUUUACACUUGCAAAAUAUGAUUUUCAGCAUUCUGAUAUUCCCUGCUAUGGUAAAAACAUAACAUGUUAUAUAUUCGCGAUUCAUGUCAACAUGCCUAUUCUUCAGUUCGAUGAAAUCUAAAUCAUAUUCAAUUGGAACAGAGUCGCUUUUUCUUUGUUUCGUUCAAUUUCCAAAUAGGUAACGCAAAUUCAACUCUUAUGUCCUACUUUAUAGGUUCCUAAUUUCAGUGGCAAAUUUUGGAUUUUUCAUUUGUAUGGCUGGGCCUUAGGAGGCUGCAGAUUAAUUCAAUCACAAAAGUAUUAUCGAGCCUCGUGUGUCCCAGCGUCCGUUAUAAAGAACAAAAUAGAAAAAUGGUUUGUAUUUUGGUAAAGUACCUACAGUAAAGUUCCAAAUUUAAAAAUAAAAUAUAGUUAAGGGAUACAGGAUGCUACAUUUUUAGAGGGUUUAUUAAGGGGUUAUUUUGUAACACCCUAAAAAAAUGGAACACUAAAAAACGUUUAACUGCUGCUGACUGUACGAUUGUCGAAAUGUAUUUAUUAUUGUCAUUUUAAGUUCCUGAGCUUAUGUAUAAUGUUUGUGUUUCAUAAUUUCUAAAAUGUAAAGAGUGACGUCAUUUUGUUUACAAAUAACUUGAUUAGCCUUUAAUUUCCACUAUUAAACAUUCCUCAAGGGCGAAUUCCUUAUAAGUGGAAUUAAUUUUGAAAAGAAAAGCAUUUUGAAUCUUAUCUUUUUCUUUUUUUGUGUUAUCUUUUGUUACGUUCGAUUUAAAACCAAAACAUUGUGUGGGCGUUAGGAGGUUAAAUAACAGUACAAUAAUUGGUAUCGUCAGAAUUGAAGGGAUGUUUACAAAAACAACAUAACUGACUACACUGGUUGACACCUGAAACGAUUAACAAUGUUCUUAAAAAAAUGUCAACCGCUCUAAGCAGUUAUGUUGUUAUUGUAAAAAUCCCUUCAAUUAUAGUCAUAUCAAAUUCCUUGGGUGUAAACACUUUGUACCUAAUUUUUGCUGUAAUAGGUACUUAUAAAAUAAACUUAUGACGUCACUUCUUUAGAUCCCGCAAUUCAGCUGUAAGUUUACAAAACUACUUAUUUGUAGCCACAAUAACGGGUAAUUCUCAAGUGUUAUAAGUUAUAUUACCUCAUUGAGCACGAUUUUAACUUUUAUAAGAAAGAGACUCGCUUGUACUGGCUACUCGGAGUAAUUAACAAUGGAGCCGCCAUUAACAGGCGUUCCCCUCUGUCGAAAAUAGGCGGCCAAUGAUUAACCACAUGUCAACCAUAUGUAUGGACUGACGUUUAUCUGACAUGACGUACCUAUACAUUUGAUGUGCCCCUCCCCCGCAAAAAACGGCAGACUAUUUUGUACCGAAAAUUUUAGACAUGGCGUCUCCAUUGGUUAUAUCCUCUAAGACUAGCUAUGUGCAAAGUGCGGAACAUUCGUGGGACUUGACAUAAUGUCAACUGUCAAAUAACGAAUCGGUUCCAUAACCGGCGGACCCCAAUGUCGCGCUUACAACUAAUUACAAGCUGAAAUAAACGAGCUCUUGUUGUAAAAAGAAUGUUAGUACGGUCAGCCAAGAAAGUGGUCUACCACUUUUCGACUCUGACCUGACCCGACCCGACCUGACAUGACCUGACCUGACCUGACCUGUACUGACCUGAGUACUUGUACUAACCUUCUUUUUGUUGUUAAGGCCAGCGCCGGCCAGCCCAAGGGACGCAGCCAUGCGGUAGAAUGAGAUAGCAAUAUCACUUGCUCCCUCUAACGCGUAAAUGCGUCCCUCAGACUGGCCCAGUGUGUACAACCUUUAGGUUAAUUAAAACUUCCAAUAUGUUAAUGCAGCUUGCACACUGAGCAUGUAACUUGCGCAUGUUGUGACACGUGACUUGAAUUGUCUUAGUAAAAAUGCGGGACAGCGCAAGUAACUUGCGCAUACUGCUCGCGCAAGUCACUUGCGCCUUUUACUUGCAACGUGUGCAUUAACUGCAAAACGUAAUUUAAGACCAAAAAAAGUAAGGAAUGUUGCCAUUUUUUUUCUAGCGCGUCUUGUAUAUUAUGUAAAAAUAAGUAAAUAAAAGUACUUUUUAAAAUCGUAGGAGUAAAAUUACUAAUAAAUAAAUUAUCUUAACGUGAUUAUUUAUCAAAAGGAAUUUACUAUUUUACAAACAAAUUAUUGCAGUGGCAACAUUGUCUUACUUUUUUUAGUCUUGAAUUACGUUUUGCAGUAUAGUGUGCAAGCACGUAAGUUAUUUUUUUUUCAUGACAGUAUUUAUUGUUUGUGUGCGCUCAAUGGUAGGGUAUUUGGUGCUACGUGGAAUAACUAGAGUAAUGUUAAACUAUGAACUUAGUUGUAUUAGUAAAUUGUUCCAAGUAUUUA